AGCCCGCCCCUCGCAGUGUCAUAAUUGGACGCUCAUUCCUGCAGUCACGCUGCAACUGCGACUCACUCAGCUCCAUCACUUCCACUUCUGUCCCGCGGAGUCAGUCUUUCUGUUUUUACAGGAGCACUAAAACACUCGUUAUUCACACAUCCUGCACAAGAACCAGCAUCGGGACUCUCAAAGCUCUCGGACAUCGUUUUCUCCCCUCCCAAAGUUGAAUCUCUUUUCAUUCAAUGGGUCCGUGUGCAGUGCUGCUCUGCUCUCUGUUCGGAGUUCUGCUUGGACAAGGAGUGGAGCAGAUCUCCAUAGAGGACUGCUGUAAAGAUGGCCAGAAGCGAGCCAGUGAUAACGAAGACUGCUCGUCCUUGCCUCUCAUCUCUGCGUCAAACACAUGCAGGAUAGUGCAGGAGCAGUGCUGUGUAACAGUGCUCGAGGAUAACAUGUGCACCACUGGUAUCAACGUGGCCAAAGACCAAGGAGCCUGCGAUUCGUUAUUCACCAACACCUGCGAGACCAAGACCACGAAGAUGUGCUGCGACUGCUGUCUUCUGGGGAAGGCGGCCCUGGAGAAUGGCCUAACCUGUGACCACAACCUGUCAGUGGGUUACCAGUGUGGCCUGGUGUCCCGAGCCUGCUGCAUGGAUGCAGCCCCAGACAACCAGACCACACCCACGACAACAACUGAAUUACCAAACAAGGAUGACACCAGUGACAAUGGAGAUAAUUCAGUAUUAAAUGAUCUGUGCCAAGGGAAAUGUGCUCAUAACUGUGUAGGCAAUGACACUUGCACCUGCCACAAAGGCUUCAAACUCAAGCCAGAUGGAAAGAGCUGUGAGGAUAUCAACGAGUGUUUGCUGGGAGCCAGCAACUGUCGAGCAGGAGAGCGCUGUAUCAACACAGAGGGCUCGUUCCGUUGCCAGAGAGAGGUCAGCUGUGGGACUGGCUAUGAACUCACUGACAACAACAAUUGUAAAGAUAUUGAUGAGUGUGAGACUGGUAUCCAUAACUGUGGCCCAGAGUUUGAGUGCCAAAACACCCAGGGGUCAUUCCGUUGUGUCCCUAAGGUCAAGUGUGGUGCUGGAUAUAUCCAGGAUGCCCUUGGCAGCUGCAUUGAUAUCAAUGAGUGUGUUAGCCAGACGGGCCCAUGCCACCGCGGGCAAACCUGUGUCAACACAGUCGGCUCCUACAUGUGCCAGAGGAACUCUGUUAACUGCGGCCGAGGAUACCACCUCAAUGAGGAGGGCAAUCGCUGCGUUGAUAUUGAUGAGUGUAAGGGCCCUGAAAAGGUCUGUGCGGGUCAUGGUUGCAUCAACCUGAUAGGCUCCUACCGCUGCGAGUGUGAGACGGGCUACAUCUUCAACAGCAUCAGUCGGGUCUGUGAGGAUAUUAAUGAAUGCAGGCACUACCCUGGCCGCCUGUGUGCUCAUAAGUGUGAGAACACACUUGGAUCGUACCAGUGUAGCUGCACCACCGGCUUCAAGCUCGCUGGUGAUGGCAGGAAUUGUGACGAUUUGAAUGAGUGUGAGAGCAACCCAUGUAGCCAAGAGUGUGCCAACGUGUACGGCUCCUACCAGUGUUACUGUCGCCGUGGUUACCAGCUCAGUGACAUAGAUGGCAUGACUUGUGAAGAUAUAGAUGAGUGUGCCCUGCCCACUGGAGGUCAUAUUUGCUCCUAUCGCUGUCACAACACCCCCGGCAGCUUCCACUGUUCCUGUCCUAUCAAUGGCUACACCUUGGCAUCCAACGGCCGCAGCUGCCAGGAUAUUGAUGAAUGUGUGACAGGAACACACACGUGCACGGAGAAUCAGAGCUGCUUUAAUGUACAGGGAGGAUUCAGAUGCCUGUCCUUCGACUGUCCAAACAACUACCGGCGCGUUGGAGAGACUCGAUGUGAACGCUUGCUUUGCAAUGAGUCUGUCGAGUGCCUGGCCAUGCCCCUGAGAAUAACCUACUACUACCUCACCUUCCCCACCAACAUCCCCGUCUUCACCAACAUCUUCCGCAUGGGCCCCUCCCACACCGUGGCCGGCGACGACAUCCAGAUCGCUAUCACCUCUGGCAACGAGGGCGGUUUCUUCAAGGCGGAGCGGGUGGCCACUGGCGGCGUCAUGUCGGUGGCAAAGCUCAUCAACAAGCCGCAGGACUUCGAUCUAUCUCUGGAGCUAAGGCUGCGUCGCUACGGCACGCUCAGCACGUACCUGGCUAAAGUGCUGGUGUUUGUUACCCAGGAGGAGCCCAGAGUACCUUACAAUCCCCUACUAGAAUAAAACACUAAAGUUACACAGGGUCACAAGUUAUUACACUCUUAAACAGGAUGUGUCAUUUUUAAUGCACUGUGUCGUAGAGUUAACAGAAAAAAAUCAUCUGCAACACAAAAUGCCUGCGAGAUAACGUCACAGUAUGUUCAAAGCGAAGCAUGGUGAUGCAGACUGCUGUAUGUUACAUUCUGCGUAGAUAUAAAUAAAAAUUAGGAUUUCCAGUUACUAAAAAUUUAUUGUUAUAAUCAAAAAUCAUUUCUUUCAUUCAUAGAUUUGUGUGAUUAGAGUAAGGCCUGCCUAAAAAUGUGCCCAAACUAAUGGCUGAAUUAGCUGGCUUGGGGCCCCAGGGCAGAAAUGAGCUGUGGGCCCCUAACAAAUAGUCCCAUCCACAGAACUGGCUUGUCCCCUGAAAAGCUCCAGUUGUGGGUUCUCCCCAAAUCUGCUUCACUCGUAUCAAUGCAUUUGUGUGCUCAUGUGCAGUCCACUUUUUUGCAACAGUUGCAUACAAAAGAAAAAACAAAAAACUGCAUACCAUUUUCAGGAGAGGGGUUUUUAGAAUGAACCAGGCUUCAAAAUAACACAUACUUGGGGUGUCCAGUAGCUCACCUGGUAGAGCAGGUGCCCCACAUAAAAAGGCUUUGUCCUUGCUGUAGCGGACGGGGGCUUGAUUCUGUCCCAUGGCCCCCUGCUGCAUGUCCUCCCCCUUUCACGCUAAUACUGUCCCAUUGAUAAAAGGAAAAAAGCCCUAAAAAUAUCUUUAGUUGGGCCCUAUAAAGUUUUCCCCUUUCCCCCCCCCUUAUGGACGGCCCUGCUAACGACCCCUGUCGCCCUUUGUACAAUAUCUGUACAUCAUCCUGUCUUCUAUAAAAACAGUUUCAUUUAACAAUGUUGACUUUGACAGAAAAACCAAAACAUUUUUCUUGAUAUUGUGAUAUGUGAGUUAUUGCAUAUUGAUAAAGGAUAUUUUAGGGACUAGAUGAGAAGCUGAAAAAAGAAAAGAAGCCAGCACUCACAAAUGUCCUUUUGGUAAAUUUAAUAAACCGACAGAAGGUCUUCUUCAGUGACACUGAAGAAGACUUUCUGGUAACGCCACCCAAGUUGGUUUAUUAAAUUUACCAAAAGGACAUUUGUGGGUGCUGGCUUCUUUUCUUUUUUCUGCUGCUUUUGGCCGUGCACCUGUUGAGUGGAUUUAUUUUGAGAGCGCUUGCUUCUUUCCUACGUGACUAGAUGAGAAGCUGGCAGGUAGUUAGUUAGUUAGCUAGUUAGCUAGCACUUAGUUUAGCAAGAAGACUGGAAACAGGGAAAAAAGCUUGCCAGGCUCCACCUCUCAGCAAGAAAGCGAGUGUGAGUAGUUUUUUAAUUGCAUUUCCUAAAAUUUCAAACUAUUCCUGUUCACCAUUUUUCAGUGCAUCAAAUUACUACAAACCAACAGGCACAGUUGAUGUGAUUCCACCCACCUGUUUUUAUGUGCAUUUAUAAAUUUGCACAGUUUAAAAAAACAGAGUGGAAACAACAAAAAUUCCCUCCAAAAAUUUUACAAAAAUAUGUUUACACCUGGGGGAGAUUCAGCAAAUAAAUGAUGACAUGCAGUCAUGGCGUACCGUCAUUGCAUAGGCCACUACAAACUCUCUAAAUCAUCUCUGGAUGGCUUUCAACACACUUAUCCACACAGUGCUGUUGCCAUAACUCUUCUAAGAACACACAGCUGUUUCUAAAAUUCUAUUUCCAUUGUCCAGUGUGCUGCCCAUUAUUAUACAUCCAUUGUUUUCCUUUGUGUGAGGUCUGACUUAAUAAUUCUUUCUUUAAUUCCGUCAUCUCGUUGCACCUUGUUCUGCAUUAGCAUCUGAUUUGAAAAUUAUUAUUGAAUCAACUCCCAAAAACAGUAGUGGAUGGCAAACCAUAUAAACCUGCAUUUUCCUUUGCAGAUGUUCUCAGUUUUGUUAAAACUUACACUAUAUUUGCAUGGAGACUAGUGACUCUGCAGCUUUCACAGACACUGAUCAUCUAGUACUGUGGGGCAGCUGCCCCCUCUGUCAUUCUAUUUGUCCAGCCUUGUCUAUAUCAUCUUUUAUUUUGCUAUACAUCACCACAGAUAUGACUCUGUUCGACACAAAACAAGUGUUAAAGAUGACACACCCUUUUUUGAGAGUGGAUAUGAAACAAAACAACACAAAAUCAGGAGAAACAAGCACAGUUUCUUAGUACUGUAGCAUUUUGCAUAAUCAAUUUUUACUACUAGAAUUAAGAAUAAUGAUUGAGCAGUGCAAACUAGGUCCAACUGAAUGUAUCUUCUUGGAGGUAAGGCACCAUGAUAGCCGCUAGGUGGCGUCCUAGGUCAGGGUAAAUGAUGAAAUGGUAACGACCCAAGUUUGCCUACAACUGAGUGUAAUCUGAUGAUGGUUGCAUGAUAAAGUCUGACAUUUUGCAGUAUUUUAUGGUUUAUGUGUUGGAUGAACAGUUUUCUAUUAAAAUUGAAAUAGAAAUAACA